GCCCUUCCGGCCUGGGCACUUCCCGGCGUGUUCUGCGCUCUCAGCUGUCCUUCCGGUCGCCGUGGUUGCUUCCAGACCCCUCCGCGUGUCUCGGUCAUGGCCCCGCUGCUGCUUCCCCUGCUGCUGCGCCCCGUGGCCCGGGCCCUGCGCCCCGCCGCCCUCCCGACGCUCCGCCCCGCCGUGGCCACCGCCACCCGCGCCUUCGGAAGCCUCCUGGGAGGAGGAAUCGCCAGCGGGUCGGGACCCGCGCGUCCCCGCCUCCUACAGCCGCCUCGGAGCGCGCCCGGCCUGUGCUCGUGCACAUGCGGGGGGCUCCACACCGAGGGGGACAAGGCCUUUGCCAAAUUCCUGACAGAUGAAAUUAAAGAGGAGAGGAAAAUCCAGAAACACAAAUCCCUCCCCAAGAUGUCUGGGGAUUGGGAACUGGGUGUGCAAGGGACAGAAGCCAAGUUAGUCCGGAGAUUAGCUGGCGAGAGGAUUACAGUCACAUUCAAUAUUAACAACAGUAUCCCACCGACAUUUGAUGACGAACCACCAGAGGGACAGAAAGCCCAUGAACAGCAAGAGCCUGAACUUACAUCAACCCCAAACUUCGUGGUGGAGGUUGUGAAGGACGAUACCAAGAAGGCCCUUGUGUUGGACUGCCACUAUCCAGAGGACGAGGUUGGACAGGAGGAAGAGGAUGAGAGUGACAUUUUCUCCAUCCGGGAAGUUAGCUUUCAGCCCACCAGCGAAUCUGACUGGAAGGAUACAAACUACACACUCAACACGGAUUCCCUGGACUGGGCCCUGUAUGACCACUUGAUGGACUUCCUGGCUGACCGAGGGGUGGACAACACAUUUGCAGAUGAACUGAUCGAGCUCAGCACAGCCUUAGAACACCAGGAGUACAUCAGCUUUCUGGAAGAUCUGAAAGGGUUUGUCAAGUGUCAGUAGGGGAGGCCUGACGCUGCGAGACCCUGCCCUUCAAAGAGAAGUUAUGUAGAAGCUAUCAUGAAGAAAGCGCGGUAGAAUGCUGUCAGACGUAGAUCAUGUUCCCUAACCCUUUUAUUUCCUUGCUCCAUGUGCAUUUUUGUACACCACCACAGAAUGAUGAGAAAUAAAACACUUGGGCCCCUCCA